AUUAUUUAAUAACUAUAAAAAUACACACUUUGAUCAGAUUGGUUAUAAAAUCCAAGCCCGUGCCUCUCAACUCCUACCCACUGCCUAUUUGAGCCAUUUACCGCCACGCCCCGUCUAAAAUUGUUAUUCAUCCUACUCAAAAAUCACUUUCUGGGUGUCAAAACAAACACGUCCUGGUACCAUAAGAAGUCUCACCGGUGACCACAAAACCAUCAACAACCGAAUAACAAUGCAAAGUCGCCGGUUUUAGGUACCACUGACUUGUUGCGCACUUGCUAUUUCCCCAUUUCAGGCUUCAACACAGUGACUGCGUCGCUUACAAAUGUUUUCUUUCCGCCUUAAAUCUUCUGACUGUAUUUUAAUUAUAGGAGAAAGGCUACCGAGGAGUUCGCUUUGGCUCUUGAGGACUGGGAUGUCCGAGUCGCGGUAUGAAGACAUACUUUAGCCGGGUGAGAGUAACCGCAGGUGGGAGAGGAACACGGGAGUUUGUGACAGCGAGCGUUUCUCCAGCACGCGCUUGAAUGCACGCGGAUUUGAUGCAGAAAUAAUUGCAGACUGUGACUAUGAUCUCAGCGCAGCACCUGAGAAGCUGCCGUGCACCUGGGCUCUGUCUUCAAAUACUUUACAGUGUACUCAUACUGUGGACCAAAGAGAUGGACGGACUCUCGGAUUUCUCAAAUUAUCUGUUUAGGAUCAUCAAAAGUCAAUCAGCUCAAGCCUGUGAUGGAGAUCUGCUGAUCCUCAAGUGUCCACGACACUCCACCAUAACUAUUCAGUCUGCAUUUUAUGGACAGAGUGAAACCCUGGUCGGACUUGAGCCAAGAAUGAGAUGCCAAUGGCAUAACCACAGCUGUUCUGCUUCCACAACACUGCAGAAAGUGCUUUCUGAAUGCCAAGGUCACAGAGAUUGCCAGUUUCUGGUUAAUCAUCAAGUCUUUGGCAAAGAUCCUUGUCCAGGAAUCCCUAAAUACAUCAAUGUGUCAUACAGGUGUAAACCUACUGAGCACAAGAGGAAAGUAACAUGCGAGGGUGAUCGACUUCUGCUGCACUGCAAGUAUCCAAAAGUGCUGAAUAUCUACUCUGCUGUUUAUGGCAGACUGUUGGAGGAGGAAGACUUGUGUUCAUCUGAGGAACAAAAACCUCCGUAUGAAUGUCUUCAUCAUGGAGCUGUGGAUGUGGUGUCCAACAUCUGCUAUGGCAAACAGAGGUGUUUGUUUACUGUGGAUCAGAAACAUUUCAAAGACCCCUGCCCUCCUGGAACAAAAAAGUAUAUCACCAUCCUCUAUGCAUGCGUUCCACAAAGUUUACUCAAGGAGGCUGAUCCCAGCAGUUUCCUGACUACCUCAAUGCCUAGCCAAAGCACCAAAGAAGAACGUCCAGUUAUCAGAAGCUCAAAGUUUCCAGAGGGCGGGAUUAUUUUAAGCAAUGCUUUAAUGGGAUUUGGCUACAUCACAGAGCAUCCAGAGAUGGCAGGACUACUCUUCACAUCAAGUGUUUGCGUGGGCCUUCUGAUAGUUCUAAUAGCCGUUUCAACACAACUGACAUGCAGUAGACAUCUAAAUACACCUAGAGCAUUCAGAAAGAAGAGUAGAACUAACCUGGAAGAGGAAGAGCCAAUGAACCAGGACAACAGUGAGGAGGAGGAUGAUGAAGAUGAUAAAGGGUCACUGAUGGACAGCUCUAACCUGUCAGAGAUCGGCAGGAAGGUGUACUGCUGGGAAGACGUGACGUACACCACAGAGGCAGCUGAUCUGAUGGAGAGGAUUGAGCGGCGAGAGCUAGUGAUUCAGGAGAUCAGGAUGAACGCAUACCUCAAUGGAAACACAUGCAUCCUGCACUCAAACAUGCCAACUGUUACACAAAACGUACAAUUGCUGUAAUUUCAACCAAACUGAGUGAAAUUUUGGGAAUGUUUUAUGUUACCAAAACACUAAAUUAAAGGUGAUGUGUGAAACUUCAAGCAGAACAAAACAAAUAGGUCUUCAAACAGGUUUCCUAAUUAACAUUAGUGCUGGUUCCAGAAAUAUUUCUCCCAUAGGAUUUUUAAAAUAGUUUUUAUUUAUUUGUUAAAGUGUAAUAAUAAGAAAUUAACCAAACUAACCAGCUAUGAAGCAAAGAAAAAUAAGUGUAUGAAAAUCAGACAAAAAGAUGAAGGAAUGUUUACUUGAUGACUUUAAUGAGGGAAAAGCCUAAAUUUUAUGAAGCAUUGUGAAUUACACAGUUGAUCUGAAAGCAACAAAGAAACACAAAACUUUUUAAAGUAGUUUUAUCUUUAGAAUGCAUCUCUCAAUUUAAAUUUAAAUAAUGUUCUGGAAUUUAUUGUUAAUCUAGUUAUGCACAAAUUCCAUUAUGAUGCACAAUUGUUUUAAAAAUAAGUUGAAUUAACGUGAAAAGAUGCAUUUAGCAAUCACAUGUAUGACCUCAAAGGACCUCUGUGCUCAUGACAGGUCUGUCUUUAAAGGGAUAGCUCAUCCAAAAAAUGAAAACAAACUUAUUUAUUGUUGUGGGUUUAAACCUUGGGUUUCUUUCUUCUGUUGAACACUAAAGAAGAUAUUUUGAAAAAUGUUGGUAGCUGGCACCCAUUGACUUCCAAAGUAGGAAACAAAUUAAGAGAAACCAGCAUGUUUAUUUGUGUUUACAGAAAAAAAGAAACUAAAAUAAGGUUGAACAAGUGAAGGGUGAGUAAAUAAUGACAGGAUUUUCGUUUUUGAGUGAACUACCCCUUUAAAAACGUUAGCAGUUAUUUUUAAAUGUAAGUUUCCAAAUGGAAAAAAAUAAUGGAGUUUAAUUUCUGGAACCAGACCAUUGCACUUAUGUUGCUUAUGUCAAGUAGUUCAAAUACACUAGUCAGCUUAUAUACCAAUUUUAAGCCAUGAAAUAAGUAUUCUAACUUAAACUGCACAUAUCACCUUUAAAGACUCUGUCAGAUGCCUUACUUUAAAAUUUAAUAUGACAAUGCUAUUGUUAACUGAUGUUAUUUUAUGUCUGAAUUAAGAAAGUUAGUGACUUAAAUCAUCCUAUUAAGCUAAUAUAUUGCUGUUGUGUUACACUGUACAAGCCAUGUAAACAGAACAGUAAUUCAUAAAUUAUUUAUUUUAUUAAACAAUGAAUGAAUAAAAAA